AUGGUAGAAAAUCAUGUGCAACCACCACAGAGGACACUGGGAGAUUACAUGAAUCCUGCAGGGAUUCCUCCAAUUUGUAGUGUUGUGCGCCUUACAGCAGAGCCAAAUAACUUCGAAUUGAAGCCUGCAUUGGUACAGUUAGUGCAGAAGGAGCAGUUUGCUGGAACCAGUGCAGAAGACCCUUACUUGCAUAUAGAAAAUUUUCUGUUGUUGAGUGAUACUCAUGGAAUAAAGGUGUGGAAUCAAGCAGCAAUCUUCCUACAAGGGAUGACCACCAAUACUAGGACAUUGGUGAAUGCCACUGCUGGUGGUUCAUUGACCACCAAGACUCCUCAAGAAGCUUUGGAUAUUUUUGAAUCAUUGGCAUCUCAGGAAUUUGAUAAUGCCCCAGUGACUGACAGAAAGACAGGGAUCAUCAAGCUGGAUGGGUAUGAUGCUUUGUUGGUUGCUUCUGUGGAUACCAAUUGUGUGUGUGCUAUCUGUGGCAAAGACCAUGUGACAGAGGAAUGUGACUAUGGGGGAUCACCAGAACAAGCAGAGGUUAAUGGAGUGUGGUAUGACAACAACAACCAGAGGAAUUACAACAACCAGGGGCGAAAUAUGUAUGUGCCACCAUGGAAGAACAAGAAUCAGCACCCAGGGUUUAGUUAUAGUUCCAACCAUCAGUUGAAUCCUCCACUGCAUCCUCCUCCAACACACUCAUCACAACCAAGUGAUACUACUGCAUGGGAAAAAACCUUUGCUCAGUUAUCCAAGACUAUUCAAGAUUACAUUCAGGGGUCUAAUUCAUUCAGAGAGGAAACAUUUGCAUUCAUGCAAGAGACCAAGACUUCAUUCAGAAAUCAGGAAGCAUCUAUCAGGAAUCUGGAGACCCAGAUUGGUCAGCUAUCAAGACAGAUAUCUGAGAGACCACAGGAGAAGUUUCCUGGUGAUACAAUGGUGAAUCCUAAGGAGCACUGCAAAGCAAUCAUGACAAGAAGUGGGUUGGUGCUUCAACAGGUGAAAAAGAAUGUGGAAGAUAAGAAGGAUGAAGAAGAGGUUGUGGUUGAAAAUGUAGUCUCUGAUGAUGAGGUAGAGAAGAAGACAAUGAAGUGGGAGAAGAAGAAGAUGGCUGACAAGCAGGACCAGCCAGUUACUUUGUCUCCAUAUGCCAAAGUUUCUUACCCUCAUAGAUUGAAGCAAGAGAUUCAGUUUCAGCGCUAUGCAAGAUUUCUGGAUAUCUUCAAGAAAUUGCAGAUAAACAUACCAUUUGCUGAAGCCCUGGAGAACAUGCCUCACUAUAAGAAAUUACCUCCAAAGUUGAAGGAUCCAGGGAGCUUUAGCAUUUCAAUUGCAAUUGGGGAUGUGGAAGUUGGUAAAGCACUAUGUGAUUUGGGGGCAAGUAUAAAUUUGAUGCCAUUGUCUGUCUGUAGGGCAUUGGGGAUAAAUAAGUUGAAGGAUACCAAUGUUAUUCUGCAUCUAGCAGAUAGAUCUAUCAAAAGACCAGAAGGAUUAGUAGAAGAUGUGUUGGUUAAGGUGGACAAGUUUAUUUUUCCUAUGGAUUUUGUGAUACUUGAUAUGGAGGAAGAGGAUACUGAAAGUCCUUUACUCCUAGGAAGACCAUUCUUAGCAACUACAAGAUCCCAGAUAGAUGUUGAACAAGGGAAGUUGAUGCUAAGGGUGGAAGAAGAAACAGUUACAAUUGAUGUCUUUGAAGCCAUCAAACAUCCUGUUGAUGUGGAGGAUUGUUUCAGUAUUGAUGUCAUACAAGAGAUGGUGGAAGAAGUGAAUAGAGAAGAAGACUUUUCAUUGGAGGAAGACAGAUUUAUUGAGGAGACAUGUACAGAAAAUUAUCAAGAGGAACCGGUAGUGGAAGAGCUUGAUAAGAAGAUAGAUGACAUUCCUGUGGGAGCACCUAAGGUAGAGCUUAAAGAACUACCUUCAAAUCUGAA